CUUUGAACUUGCCGAAAAAGUAAAAGUUUUAAAUGCAAUUGGGUCGAGCAGUGUUAAUGGGUUUGUGCCGUGAGCUCGGCUACGGGACGACACACGCUUCGGUUUCGCGUCUAGCGUGUCGUUAACGGCGGACGCUGAAUGAUUAACUAGCACGUAGCUGUUAACUGUUUAACACCGGCUGUCAUACGCAGCCUAGCGGGGCUGCGGUUCCACUGUGAGGGAAAUUAACGUUAACUCAACCGCCCCCUUGCUCAACGGAUUUCUCCUACAACGGCCGCUUUUUUUUCCUCGGCUGGCUUUUACCCACAGUCAUGUGAUUGUAACGUAAAACCCCUAACCGGAAAACACCGACGGACGACCCUCUCCGCCGCCAACGAAUGCUGCGUUCGCGAGGAACAGUGCGAGCUGCUGCGAGCCCAGAGAGGACGGACGAGUCCCCGGUAACAAAUAAACAACGGCGACGCGGCAAACUCCAGCAAUUUCGGCGGAGCGCAGGUUGAAGAAUGGAGCUGGCCAACCAUGGUCUUAUCCUGCUGCAGCAGCUUAACGCUCAGAGGGAGUUUGGCUUCCUGUGUGACUGCACUGUGGCCAUCGGAGACGUCUUCUUCAAAGCCCACAAAGCCGUCCUCGCUGCCUUCUCCAACUACUUCAGAAUGCUCUUCAUCCACCAGGACAGUGACUGUGUGCGCCUGAAGGCCGCUGAUAUACAGCCAGAUAUCUUCAGCUAUCUCCUCAACCUGAUGUACACAGGCAAGCUUGCACCCCAGCUGAUAGACCCUGCGCGGCUGGAGCAGGGCGUCAGAUUUCUGCAUGCCUAUCCGCUCCUGCAGGAGGCCAGCCAGUCGGUGUACACGCACCCCGAGCACAGCGUCAACCUCUCCACCUCCCUCUACGGCAUCCAGAUCUCCGACCAACAAGUGGCGCAGCAGCAGCUCGGCUCGCCGUGCGAAGCGGAGCAGCUCAGCCUGGAGGCGAGGAGUCCGUCCACGCCCGCCGCCGCCGCGUCGUAUGUGCAGCCCAAGCUGACCUCUUCGCCCCCCGACAUGGAGGCCUCGACCAGCAGCAGCAAGCCUACGCCUGAGGAGGUGGGGAGCGACUUGCUGGGCGCAGAGGGGUCCUCAGCCGGGGCCAUACUUCAUGUAAAGCCCAGCAUCAUGAAGAGGAGUUCCUCCUUCAGGAAGCAUUACUCUUGUCACCUGUGCAAAAGUCGGUUCACUCAAAGAAGUCUGCUGCGAGAGCACCUUCUGCAGCACGCCCAGAUCCUGCAGCAGACCCCGGCUGAGCCCGGUAAUGUGCUCUCACCGGUUCUGAGCGGAGAACCCAGCGUGUUGGAGGCAGAGGUGAAGCCGGGGCCGAGCGCCUCAGCCGCCUUGGCGGUGGAGAUAAUCAGUGACAGCGAGCAAACGCCCGUUUCAGGCACCAACUCGGACUCUCCCCGAGGCGAGGUGUCCACGUCCGGCUGGGCCGUGGGGGGCUUGAACUCUCAGGCCGACACGCCGCCCCCGUCGGACAUCGCCGACAUCGACAACCUGGAGAGCGCCGACCUGGAGCGGGAGGUGAAGCGGCGCAAAUACGAGUGCUCCACCUGCGGGCGCAAGUUCAUCCAGAAGAGCCACUGGCGCGAGCACAUGUACAUCCACACGGGGAAGCCCUUCAAAUGCAGCAGCUGCGGGAAGAGCUUCUGCCGGGCGAACCAGGCCGCCCGCCACGUGUGCCUGAACCAGGGAGGCGACACCUACACCAUGGUGGACCGGCAGAGCAUGGAGCUGUGCGCCGCCGGCGACGACAGCAGCCAGAUGGAGGCCAUGUUCCUGGGCUCGUCAAAGCCUUACAAGUGUAACAUUUGCGCGACCACCUUCUCCAGCCCCAACGAAGUGAUCAAGCACCUGUGCUUCACCCAGGGGGGGUUGGUGGGGCUGCAGGGAAACAUGGGGGCAGGAAUGCUGCUCCAGCGUGAAGAGUUUUCCAAGGAUGAAGGCUCUGAUUUGUCCAACUCUGGCACCCCACUAGAACCCAUAAAGACUGGGGAGAUCCUUGUAGAGUAGCACCAAAACUGUGUAUUUAUCCUUUUUAAGGUGUUUUAUUUUCUAAAUUAUGGUUAAUAGUUAAGCUAAAGGUUAAGUUAGUCCAGGUAUGUAAGGUUCUUGAUCGACUUUAACCUUGUCUUUGUACAGUAUUUUAGAUUUUUUUGGAGUAUGAAAAACUUUAAAUAAAAGUAAACCAACAUCAUCAAAAAGCAAAUAAGACAGACUUGACUUAAGCCGACGUUAAGUACCUAUGAGAGAGACGUACGGUAGUAGCCAUUACUUGUUGUUUCAUGUCCUUAAUGCGGAUGCACAUUGGUCUGAGGCGCUCACAUGUCUGCGUGUACCACACUGUGUUUGCGUAAGUGCUCAGUUGUGGUGAGGCUGCACAGGCUGAGUUUCAGUGUAAAAAAGGAAGCAGAGGCCAUUCCGGAAAAGACGACGUGUUGUGAGAGGAGCCUGGGCGGAGGCGGGCGCGCAAACUGCUAAUGAUCUCCGGGCCCCGCUCAAAUGAGACCGUUCUAAAUGGUCGUAAAUGAGCCGCUGAUUGUCCGGGUCAGGCUCCGCUUGUGCUUCCAGAUAAAAGCGUGCGGCGGCUUUACAGCCGCUCUAUUUGGGGUCGAUGCCUCCCGUGCAGGGAAGUACACUUGUCUUCCAUUUGUGUCUUGCCUCAGCAGAUUGGAAACUUUGAAACGUGACCGUCAACCCCACCCGUCACGGCAGCCAUUGAGAUCCCGUUAUCUCUGAUUAGUUCUACCACGCAGAAGGAGUUCGACCAGACACAGACAACAGAACACAAGUCAUUGUGUUUACAGUCUUGCCACUUUAAUUAUAAAAGUUACAUGUUGUAACUGUUGAGCUACUUGUUAAAGAAGCAUUGUGUUCCAUCCAGACUCUUACCUCGAUUAGACUGUACAUUUACUUUUACCAAUUAGAAUUUAUUCCUAAAAGCCCUUUAAAAAUGAGUUUAACAUGCUUUUCUAAUUUUAUAUACAGCACUAUAUUUACAAAGAAUACAUUAUAUUGCAAAGGUGUAUGAAUAAUAGUAAAUGAAAGCUUUCGAAAUAGAAAUCCAUUGGUUUUAGAAGGAGUUUCUGUAUUGGCGAUGGUAAAUUUAUCUUUGAAAUUACUUUAGUUUAAUAUUUCUGGAUUUUACGUUUCUAUCGUCCCGUUGCCAAAUUUGUGCUAAUGUCUAACCUCCCUCAUUUUGUGCAUUUCUGUUUGUAUAACGCCUUCUGAUAUGUAUAUUGCUGUGUAAGUUUUUACAAAGUAGUGGUGCAACAGUAGUCCUUAAUUAAACUAAUCUAUUGUCAGAGAUACGACUCAUAGUAAAGCAUAGUAAAAUGUAAAUUAAGCAGAGGUUUGGAUUAGUAGAGGCUCUGCAGAAGUCAGAUGAUAAUAUUAGGUCCAUAUGUGUCAUCAGUUCUAAAAGGUGCUAUUUAUUUUGCAAUUGUUUUGGGGGAGGACAUGAAGGCUUUCUGUGUACUACUGAUAACUGGAAAUCGUGAAAAAAAACUUUACAUGUCCAAUAAAUGUGAAGCAAGGGAAGUGUUUGAAUCAUCAUGUUCUGUAGCUGAUCCAGCUCCAGUAGCAGAAGUCAGAGAAAUACCAGCGAGGGUCUGAUUGGAUUUCUGUUAUAAACCUGAACAUCAGUUUAACAACUAAAACACAACUAUUGUGCAGUAAAUAGUAACAACUUUUUUUAUUUGACACAAUGUAAUUGUGUGGGGUCUCCCCCCACUGAUGUAACAGGCGUGAUAGAUCACAUUAAAUGAAAGUUUAAUGUGCUGAAGUUCAGGUUUGACGCAGGUUUAAAUUGGAGUUUUUGUAUUUUAAAUUCUAUAACGCAGUUCUCCCAGUGUUUGGCCACAUUGUCUUCAUUGUCUACUCAGGUCUGUUGAAGGGGACAGCUAUUAAAUCAGAAGAGUGAUGUCCUCCUGCUUUUGUGUUCACCAACUAAAACCCAUGUUUGCCAUAAAUAAAUGUGACAUCUCAUUUUAGCAAGUUCCUUGUUCAUGCUUUGACUGAAGUUCCAUUUUUGGAGGUAACUGAGAAGCUGUACUACUGACAUUAAUCCCCCUGUUGGCGCAAAGAAAUCCGCACAGCGUUAUGAAAAGUUGAAGCUCUUCCUCGUUUCAAGUUCGAGUUGUUCCACAUCCGUCUUGUAACUUAAUGGUCGCGUGCGUGUGUUUGAACAUCUCCGUAUCUCAGGUAGGAGAGAGGCGAUUAUUUAGCUCAUGAUGCUCGUGGUUUCUCUGCUCCCCUCUGCCCGUCUGACAUCUAAUGUGAUCAAUCUGUGUUCUCAGGUAUGUGAGUAUUUUUCUGUGUACACAAAGCUUUUUUCAAUGAAGAAUGGAAAAUAAAAAUGUUUUAUAAUUGA